GGCGGACUUCAGGAAGUAGCUGAACAGCUGGAGCUGGAGAGGAUCGGGCCACAGCAUCAGGCCGGCUCCGACUCGUUACUGACAGGCAUGGCUUUCUUCAAGAUGAGGGAGAUGUUCUUUGAGGAUCAUAUCGACGAUGCAAAGUACUGUGGUCACUUGUACGGGCUCGGCUCAGGCUCCGCCUACGUCCAGAACGGAACAGGAAAUGCUUACGAAGAGGAGGCUAACAAGCAGCAGUCGUGACAUCACUCUGGAUACGAUAAAUGGAAGACCACGAAACAUAUAUACUUCGUUUAGUGAGCUGUUUCUCAUAGGUUCUGCUCAUCUUAGAUUAUGAUGGUCAAAAGCCAAAAGUCACAGCUGCCCUCACCACGUGCUGCUGUGUGCGUGUGUGUGUGAGUUUUGGUUUCGUCACAUCUGACAUGCUUGAAGAGAUGGGAUUUUAGUUUUCCUGAAAUUUUCUGUAGAAAUAAUUUGCACUUUAAAAGCUCUAACCUGAUUUUAUAUGGAAAGCUGAGAAUGUUUCCGAUGUCUCUCUCCUCUUUGUUGCCUUGUCUGUGUUCCCGUUUUACAUCGCGAACAUGUGAAUCUUUACCAUCAAAACAAUGGUUCUCACCUGGCUCAGCCUUAAUAGUAGCUGCAUUCUUAUCUUUUAAAAGUUUUAAUUUAUUGCCCUAGUUUUUCGGACACUGAACACGACACGUCACUGCGCUUCUUCUCUGUUGGUGAGAAAGGGAGUUCUUCUCUGUGAGUGUGUUUUACGUGCAGAUGAGUAGUUAUUAUGAUCUUUUUCAUUUGUUAAUAAUAUUGUUGAGCUCUAAUCCCACUGGGAGACGUCUCAAGCUGGUAUAUUGUGCUGAAACAUGUUUCCUCUGUUGUUGCUGUUUUUCAGUUAUUUUCAUGAAAAAGCUCAGAAUAGUUGUAUAUUAAUAUAUGUAACAAGAUGCAUACGGUGGGUUUUGAUUGAGGGGAAUGUUGAGUAUUUUUAUUUGUGCAUGUAAACACCCUCAUUGACACAAGCACAUAUGAACAUGGAGGAAUUGCCUCUCGACCAGAUCUAUAAAAACAAUGAAAAGGCAUUAAAAGAAAAACAGUCAACUUCUCUGAACUGCUCUGCUGAGGGUAAGAUUUCAUUUUUAAUUGAAGUUAAGGAUUUGUAGAGUUUUAGUGUAGUAAUAAAUGAAGUAAAACUAUAACUUUUACUCAUUGGGAGGAAAACUAACAUUUGUUUUUAACGUUUCUCUCCAAGUGCAGUUCCUUUCACUUGUAGUUCUGGCCCUUGAAUUUUGUUCUUGUUGCUUUCCAGAGUCAUGCUUCUUAGACCAGUCGCAUGUACUAAAAGGUUUGAAUAAAUGCUGUGUUGUUUAAUAGUAUCCUGAACUUCCAUAUAGGUGUGUUGAAGUUGUAGGUUCACGACUUAUUAACCCGCCUCAGCAUCUGAACAACUGGGACACUUAUCUUUCUCUCUGCAGCACAUCUCACACUGCAAAGGAGUAAAAAGAAGAAUAUGCAAUAUAACAGGAUUAUUUUCAGAUUAUUUUGUAAAUAAAGGCUUGAAACUUUUCUACCAUAAAAGUGCUCUCGACCGUUACAUGACUCCCUGAAGAAAUGAGAAUAGAGAAGAAGAGCUUGUUUUAUUGUCGAUAAGGCAUCACAACUUUACAGUACAUCGCCUCACACAUCCAAGUUGUCUCGAGUCAGACAGACAGAAUAGAAAAAUAUAAACGAUCACCAUGAAGCUUUUUUUUAAACAAGCACACAUUCUUUAAACUAAUGUUCAGUUUUUUUUUUUUGUUUCCAGCUGGGGGAAAGACAGAAUCGUCAAAAGGUGAAAAUACUGUUCAAAGUGGCUGGAACUGGUUUUUCUUGUUUGUUUUUUUCUGAAGUACAUCCACAAUGUUGUGUGUAACAAAAACACCCAUAACGAUCUGCUUUUUGAUGGCGCUCUGGAAAAGGAAAAAUGUUGGACCAACUUAAAAAAUGACUGCAAUUGGUAACACACAAAUUGAUUAGGUUUAUUCAAAUUAAAAUGUGCGAUUGUGUGUGUAUAACUUAAAGCGGAACAAACUUCAUUCCUUUCUGUGUUACCUAUUGAAGUAUUUUUUUAAGGAUGGUAAAGUAUUUUCUCAUUUCCGUUUGAACAGAUCCGCAGCACCAUCACACCGAGGUUUCUUAUUCGCUGGCA